UCUUCCUCCUGUGCCUUCCUCGCCAUCCCUGACUGCAUCGGUUCGGAGACAAAGAAGCAAGGCCUGAGGCCCGUGUUGGAGCCGGUUGAACGUCACCCGGGUGACCGUUUUUAUCUACCAAAAUGUCAAAAAGGCCAUCUUAUGCCCCACCACCCACCCCAGCCCCCGCAACCCAAAUGCCCAGCACACCAGGGUUUGUGGGAUACAAUCCAUACAGCCAUCUGGCCUACAACAACUACAGGCUGGGAGGGAACCCGGGCACCAACAGCCGGGCCACGGUAGGAGAAUCAACUAUUACGUCAUCCGGCAAACAACAGGAAGUGACCAGAAAUGGCUUUAGAGCAUCAUCUGGUAUUACAAUCCCCAAACCCCCAAAGCCUCCAGAUAAGCCACUUAUGCCAUACAUGAGGUACAGCAGGAAGGUCUGGGACCAAGUGAAGGCCUCCAACCCCGACUUGAAGUUAUGGGAAAUUGGGAAGAUCAUUGGAGGGAUGUGGCGAGAUCUCACUGACGAGGAGAAGCAAGAGUACUUAAAUGAAUAUGAAGCAGAAAAGAUAGAAUACAACGAGUCAAUGAAGGCCUACCAUAACUCACCUGCUUACCUUGCCUACAUCAAUGCAAAAAGCCGUGCCGAAGCCGCACUGGAGGAGGAAAGCCGGCAGAGGCAGUCCCGUAUGGAGAAGGGUGAACCUUAUAUGAGCAUCCAGCCAGCUGAAGACCCAGACGAUUAUGAUGAUGGGUUUUCUAUGAAACACACGGCCACAGCUCGUUUCCAAAGAAACCACCGUUUAAUCAGCGAGAUCCUGAGCGAAAGUGUAGUGCCAGAUGUCCGAUCAGUGGUCACCACAGCACGGAUGCAAGUUCUCAAACGACAGGUCCAGUCUUUAAUGGUUCAUCAGCGGAAACUGGAAGCUGAGCUCCUGCAAAUAGAAGAACGUCACCAGGAAAAGAAAAGGAAGUUCUUGGAAAGUACAGAAUCCUUUAACAAUGAACUCAAGAGGCUGUGCAGCCUGAAGGUAGAGGUGGACAUGGAGAAAAUAGCUGCAGAAAUAGCUCAAGCAGAGGAACAGGCCCGCAAGCGACAAGAGGAACGGGAGAAAGAAGCUGCAGAGCAAGCCGAACGCAAUCAGAAUAGUGCUGGCACUGAGGAGGAGCAAUCAGGAAGCAAGGGCGAGGAGAAGAAAGAAGAGGGAAAUACUCCCAUGGAGACAGAGGAGCCUCCUCCAGAGGAAGCACUCGAGACACAGCAGAACGGGGAAGGGACAUCCACACCAGAAGACAAGGAAAGUGGCCAAGAAGGAGCCGAAAGCAUGGCAGAGGAAGGAACCAGCGACAGCAACACCGGGUCAGAGAGCAAUAGCGCCAUGGUCGAGGAGCCUCCCACUGACCCCGGAGUUCCAGAAGACAAUGAAAAGAAAGAAUGAAUGCAAAGCCCAUUCUUGUUGUGUGAUUGACUGAAUGCUCUGGGGGCGGGGGGAUGUCUUAUGGGCUUUAUAUGUUGGUCACCACCUGCCAGGUGUUGGACAUUGUAAUCACUCAUCCCCCAGAUUCAGAUUUCCAGGGGGAAGCAAUAGCCAAAGGCAUGGGGAAGGUAUCAAUUCUAGUGCAUUGAUGAACACAAGAGCAGCAUCACUCAUCUCUAAGGAAACAAUUUUGCAUUUUGUUUUUGUUUUUGUCUUUUUUGUUUUCCUUGCCUCCUUUCCCCCCCAGGUAAAUGUUUGAAGAACUGUAGAGAUACCUGCAUUUCUCAUAUCCACCCUCAAAGUCAUCUUAGAAUCUGAUUAAUUUGUUGAGGAGUGAGUUACCAAAAAUUAUUUCUCCCCUUUUUCACAUCUCUUAAAAGGGUGUGUGUGUGUGCUUAUUGUGAAGCUAAUAUUUUCCAAAUUUCAAUUUCUGUAAGAAAUUGAUUGUCUAUGAAUCUCUACAUCCUUCGUACAGAAUUAAUAUUCUGCAUGUUUAUUUUCCGCUAGGUCUGAAACUAAAAUACUAAGUCUGCAAAGACUGUUGAAAAAUCUUCUUGGUUGUAUUCCUCUUCUCUCCCACUCCCCCCAAAUAAAUUUUUAAAAACAUGUUCCUUAAUUUUAGCAAGUUUUUAAAAAUGAAAACAAACCUAUUAAUGCCAUGGCCAUACAAUUUACUUUGCAGGAGAACAGCAUGCAAAGAGAGAUUAGGGUGAGAACCAUAAUCACAGAUACUUUGCUCUUAACAUUCCCUUUUUCAGUGGGGGAAAAAAGGUUGCACUGUUAGGUACAUAAAAAUGCUUGGAUCCUGAAACCAUACAUUGAAAAUGUAGCAUUUUAAAUCUGUUUCAAAAGUUAAUUUAGCCUUGGGGGAUAAACCUGUAACCUCCAUUUCCCUUCCUGUAGCUGUCUGUUGGACAAAAAACAGAAGACAUGCAGUUUAUUAUCCCAAGACAUGUGACUCUUCAGAGCAUUCCUGCUGAAAAUACAAUUGCAUGAUUUGAUAGUGUUAUGACUUGGGGGUGUUUUGGAGAACUGUGGGAUCCUUCAAGAGAAGUAUUUUUUUCCUUCUGGUGCUCUUUGAUCCCUUUGUCAAGAAUGAUCUGAAGUGAAGGUGUGGUGAAACAAACCCAGAUUAGUUACUUGAAGCCUGUCAACCCUCUUCCCCUCCUGAGCUGUGUCACACUCCAAAAGCACCAUGCAGACAGUUUGCAUCAAAACAACAAAUUUGAGUUGACACGAGUUUUUCAGAUCUCUUUCCGCAUCACAUUUGUUGUUUUUCUUUUAAAACAUAACCUGUCUGAAAAUUCCACUUCUGGGCUGUUCUCUGAUAUUAGACAGACAUCUCCCUAAAGGUCCCCCCUCCCCCCAAAUUGUAACAAAGCGAAGGCAACACAUGGGGCUUUGUGAAUGACUCCUGUUCCAUCUUGAUUUAUGGUUUUGUGUAUUGAUUUGUUUUUUUAAAGGACACUUCAUUCUGUUUUUAAAUAGUAAUUUUUGACAUAAUAAACUAGAACAUGUUUUUAAAAAUCAA